UACCGGUCUAAUGGCCGAGACUUCCAGAGCUCCACGUUGUCUGUCCCUGAUCAGGUGAUGUCGUCGAACCACUGCUCCCACUCAGCUGACAUUAACCGGGCGCGGUCGCGUUCUCCCAGCGUUCCCCCCCCCUCCAGCAGAAGUCUGGACCCCGCCUUUGACCUUAGGCCUUCUCAGUACAGCUCCUCCACUAGAGUGGACCACCACAGUGUGUCUGAAGAUAACUACUCUCCUGACAGGAACCACGGAGCCAUGGAUAGACACGAGUAUCACAGCAGGUCCCGCUCUGCAGACCAGCGGCCCUCUAUAGAGCGCCCCACGUCCCGCUCGCGCUCCACUGAACGCCCCCACGACUCUUCGCUCAUGAGGUCCAUGCCGUCCCUGCCAUCUGGGAGGUCCGCCCCCCCCUCACCUGCCUUGACGAGGGCGCAUCCACGUAGUGGAUCAGUCCAGACCAGUCCCAACAGCACCCCCAUGUCCAGUAGAAGAGGACGGCAGCUCCCACAGCUCCCACCCACGGGGAAAGAGAGAACAGGGGGUAAGAAGCUGCGCAGCACCAUCCAGAGGAGCACGGAGACGGGCCUGGCGGUGGAGAUGAGGAGCAGGAUGACUCGGCAGGCCAGCCGGGAGUCCACAGACGGCAGCAUGAACAGCUACAGCUCCGAGGGAAAUCUCAUCUUCCCCGGUGUGAGGCUCUCCUCAGAAGCCCAGUUCAGCGACUUCCUGGAUGGCCUCGGCCCCGCUCAGCUGGUUGGACGACAGACGUUGGCUACUCCCCCCAUGGGUGACAUCCAGAUUGGUAUGGUGGACAAGAAGGGAGCACUGGAGGUGGAGGUCAUCAGAGCCCGUGGCCUUGUGGGAAAACCAGGUUCCAAGUCACUGCCAGCACCAUAUGUAAAGGUCUACCUUUUGGAAAACGGAGUCUGCAUAGCCAAAAAGAAAACAAAAGUAGCAAGAAAAACCUUGGAUCCUCUUUACCAGCAGCAACUGCCGUUUGAGGAGAGUCCAGUAGGAAAGGUUUUACAGAUCAUUGUUUGGGGCGACUAUGGACGCAUGGACCAUAAAUCCUUCAUGGGAGCAGUUCAGAUACUGUUAGAUGAGCUGGACCUGUCCAACAUGGUGAUUGGCUGGUUUAAGCUCUUCCCCCCUUCCUCACUGGUUGACCCUACUCUGGCCCCACUGACAAGAAGAGCUUCCCAAUCGUCACUGGACAGUUUCUCUCGAUCAUAGCAGCGUGCGGAAUGAUAGCGUUGUUGUAGCAGCCAGUGUUGCGAUUACAGGUCACGCCCCCGGUUACACUGCAUGCUUGAUGUUGUGUCUUCUGAGCCUGUUUCCAGGGGUGCAAAAAACGUGAUCCUGUGUUUUGAGCAAAAACGUUGCGCACAUUGUGCACGAGGCGAAGCGCGUCGCAAGCGCCUGGCGGCCGGGAUGCCGGGUGUUGUUGUUGUUGUUUGGAGGAAGCUGGAAUGAACUCCUUAGCACGAGGAAUCCGUCAGUUCCAGGUUUUCAUCCAAUUCGAAGCCAUGGGGGUCAGCACUGGGAACCGCUAAACGAGUUCUACAGAAGCCCUUUUCGAAUGAAAAUAAAUGUUUUCCUUUCUUUUUUUUGGUUUCCUUUUUUUAUUAGUUUUUUUAUGUCAAUGUACUUGUAUCUGAAGGGGGUGACAGUGUUUCUAACCAGAUGCUUGGUCACGCCACGCCAACGGACCUAGCUGUGUAGAUGGAGUUUUGGAGACCAUCACUUUGGGUGAGGUGUGUCCCAGCUUGUGUCCACACUCCCCCAAAACCCCAAAAGAAAUACCCUGGUUACUCUAGGUUUACGUACUGAAUCAACCCGUACUGGUAAAUUAAUCAGAGGCAAUAUUGAAGUGGCUACCAUCAACACUCCAGAACAAACAGAAACCCCAUGAAAAGAUGUACAAUCUACCAUCAUUCUUUCUCUGUUGAUAUAUUGUAUGAAAAUAAAUGAGAAAAAUAUAUUUUUUUCCCUUUUUAGUUAAUUUGCAUGGACACAAAUUUAGCUGAAUUAAAAAAAUGAAAAAUACAAUUAUUUUCUUGAGGCUGCAACUUGCAAAAAAGAAGAAGAAAAAUAAAACAGAUCAGCCAUUUUCAACAAUUUAUAUUAUUUUUAAGGUAAUUGUCACUAGUGCAUGGUUUUCAAGGGGAGUGAAUGCAACAUCGUGAUUAAAAAAAAGAGGCAUUGUUUAUCAUUCUUUAGACCAUUCAUGAGUCUGUGUUUAGCAGACAUGCAGAUAAGGGAAACUUAAAGGAAACUUUUGGAGCUAUUUAACAGAAAAUGUUUAUGUGACAAAAAGUGAUAAUGAAAAUAAAUGUAAAUUAUUUAUUUCAUUGUAAAAGGCUCAUGCCUUAUAAAGAUAAACAUUAUGUGCAAAUUGUACAUGUUUCUCUUUUUCUUCCUUGUCCCAGGGUACUUCUCAUUGUACUACUCAUUGCUACCAUUGUUCAGUCCCCUGACAUUGUCCAGAUUUGAGGACUGUUUCAGUAUGUAUUUUAUUUUGGAUUUGAUUUGUUUAACAAGCAUGUUGAAAAGGAUUUUCUGCAACAUGGCUUGGGCACACCUUACAGUAACUCAGCAUGUUUUGAUAAAGAUGAUAUUUGGAAUUUUUGCAGUUUCUUGUACAGUGCAUGUCAACUUCAUUACUUUUCUCCCUCACCUUUAAAUUGAACUCUACAGCAAAUUAGUUAUUGGUCUUCUGCGGCCAUUUAUUGAAGUUUUAACAAAAGACAUUCCACCCCCAAGGUCAUGUUUUCUUUCAGGUUUUUGAGAAAAAAUAAGUGACAAGGAAAAUAUUUUAUAUUUAAUGGAGGUUGACGAAACAGUUGUGAUUGCAAGUGUAUUUUAUUUCAGUAUUGUUGACGAACAUGCAAAAAUAAUCUGUAUUGGUACAGCGAGAGGUCUAUACCUAAUCAAGAGGCAGCAAACAUGCGAGAGAUGUGUGUGUCGCUGUGGUUCAAGUCCACAGGCACUGUUUGUGAAGAUGAGCUAAUCACAAGUUCAAAUAACAAGGGAUAUUGCCACAGAAAAUGUUUUUUCUUGUUUUAAUGAAAAUGAAAUUAAUUUACUAUAUUUUUGUUAGUUUUAUUUAAAAGCCAAGACCAGUUUAUUUUUUAUUUUCUAUUUUUAGUAAUUAUAAAUACUUCUCAUGUCUGGGAAGUAUAUGAAUCUUAUAGUUGCAGUAUGUCUGGAUGAAAUUGAACUGAGGCAUUAUUCCUUUUCCACAUGACGAUAAUGCGUUUUAAUGUCCAAGAAAACCUUGUGGCUUGAACAAGCUACAGUAUAUAUUUUCAUUUUGAUUUUGAUUGUACAUACCUUUAGAUGUCAGAAUUUGAAUAAACAAGCUACCAUGAAUAGAUGAUAGACUCUUUUGGAACAGGAAGAAUGCCUCACGUGAUGACAAAGACAUAUGUUAUUUAUCCUUUUGAAUGCUUUUUCAUUUUCUCUUUUUGGUGCAAUGUGUUAAUGCCAAGGCUAUGUCUUGGUUAAGUAUGGUUGAGUACAGAGAUUUAUGUAAGUUAUUUUUCAAAUAAAAAAUUAAAAAAUUGAUAUUACACUGAU